ACAUAACUCCGUUUUACAACCGGAACACGUAUAAACAUUUUAGGAUCUUUUUAUAGUAAAAAGAAAUUAUUAUAAAAUUUGUUUAAAUUAUACUUUUUUUUACAUUAUAGUAUCAUUUUUUUAUUAAAUAUACAUUUCUUUUUGAAAUAAAUCAGAUAUUCAAUAAAAAGUAUGCAGGCUGAUUAACUGAACAUUUUCUAUCUCCAUCUAUUUUCAGAAGAAGGUACUUUUGUAUGAGUGUAGCGUUUUCGCAGCAAACCAGUGAUGUUAAUCUUUUAGUUACAAAUUUUGUAAAUUGAUCGCUUCUCGUUGUGAAAAAAGUCGCAUAUACGUUGGAUUAGUCUUGUGAAAGUGCAACAUCUUAAAAUAAUCUUGUGUAUAGCGUUAAAAUGCGCCCAGUUUUAGAAUCGAAACUGAUGGUGAGCGAUGGCGAGAAUACGGUGAUAGAUUUUUGGUGUUAAGUUUUGCUCCGUGUCAUCACCGCUAUAGUUUCCGAUUACGUCCAGGAAAGACGAUAACCGUUUUGAGUUGCUGUUUUACGCGUUAUUACGAGCAAAUCUUAAAAAAUCUCUUACGAUUAUUGUAGAAAAUAAAUUGUCAUUGACUGACCGGCUGAUAUUACACGAGGCUUGUAUGUAUAUGCGACUUCUGCCUUCUGCUAUUCGUGACACGCCUCAGAAAAUAAAUCUAAAUUUGUGAAUCGAAUUAUUCUUUUCUGUAUUUGUGUCAUUUUAGUGAUAGAGACGGUUUUAAAUUACGUAACUGUUGUGGAAUCUUGAAGUGUUUAAAGAAUGGCCUGAGUGUGACCACUCCAUUACCGUCAUGUGUGACGAAGAAUUGUUUGUUUAGGCUCUAAUAUUGUGCAUCCUACGGAAAGUGCGCGUUCGACUCGUGGACUGGGCCAGAUCAUGACUCUGCUUGAAACAAAACAAUUUUCGCAUUGAUUGCCGUCUACCUAUCGUCAUUUGGGACACUUUUAUAUUACCAAAAUGUCUUCGGGAACAUUUGUGGACAGAAUUGACCCUUUCGCCAAGCGGUCGAUGAAGAAAAAGACGAAGAAGUCUCAGGGUUCUUCCCGGUAUCGGAACACGCAAGACGUAGAGCUGCAGGCACUGCCUUUGCUCAAAGAUGUUCCAAGCAGUGAGCAAGAAGAGUUAUUUAUCCGCAAGCUGCGACAAUGCUGUGUAGCAUUUGAUUUUAUGGAUCCUGUUGCUGAUCUGAAGGGGAAAGAGAUAAAACGUGCCACCCUCAAUGAGCUUGUAGAAUACAUCACUGCAGGACGUGGAGUGCUUACUGAACCUGUUUACCCAGAGAUUAUAAAAAUGAUAUCAGCAAAUUUAUUCCGCACCCUACCGCCAAGUGAAAAUCCUGACUUUGAUCCCGAAGAAGAUGACCCGACUCUGGAGGCUUCGUGGCCGCAUCUUCAACUAGUCUACGAAUUUUUCCUGCGCUUCCUUGAGUCAACUGAUUUUCAGCCCACUAUUGGCAAGAAGGUCAUUGACCAGAAAUUUGUACUGCAGCUUUUAGAUUUGUUCGAUUCCGAAGACCCGCGUGAACGCGAUUUCUUAAAAACGGUGCUGCAUCGCAUCUACGGCAAGUUUUUGGGAUUGCGAGCCUUUAUACGAAAGCAGAUUAACAAUAUAUUCCUACGAUUUGUUUAUGAAACGGAACAUUUUAACGGUGUCGGUGAGCUUUUGGAAAUUUUGGGAAGUAUAAUCAAUGGAUUUGCACUCCCGUUGAAGAGUGAGCACAAACAGUUCCUGGUGAAGGUGCUGUUGCCCCUGCACAAGGUGAAGUGUCUGUCGCUGUACCACGCACAGCUGGCCUACUGCGUGGUGCAGUUCCUUGAGAAGGACGCUACACUCACGGAACAUGUUGUACGCGGACUUCUCAAGUUCUGGCCCAAAACAUGUUCACAAAAAGAGGUGAUGUUCUUGGGUGAGAUUGAGGAGAUAUUGGAUGUAAUUGAGCCCGCUCAAUUCGUCAAAAUACAAGAACCGUUGUUCAGACAAAUAGCUAAAUGUGUUUCCAGUCCACAUUUUCAGGUGGCUGAAAGAGCACUAUAUUUUUGGAACAACGAAUAUAUAAUGUCACUGAUGGAAGAAAACAACCACGUGAUAAUGCCUAUAAUGUUCCCCGCGCUGUACCGGAUCAGCAAGGAGCACUGGAACCAGACCAUAGUGGCGCUCGUCUACAAUGUGCUCAAGACUUUCAUGGAGAUGAAUUCCAAGCUCUUCGAUGAGCUCACUGCUAGCUAUAAGGCGGAACGGCAGAAAGAGAAAAAACGCGAGAAGGAGCGCGACGAGCUGUGGAAGCGGCUGGGCGAGCUGGAGAUCAGCCACAAGCGGGCGACGGCGGGGGCGGUGGCGGGGGCGGCGCCCGCACUCGCCAAGUGAUGUCCUCACACACCCUCCAUCCACGACCUAGAAUAAUGCGAUUGAAUUUGUUUUCAGCUAUGUAUUGAUAUUUUCUAUUCGAUUACAUUUUUGUUAAUGACGUUAUUAAUUUUUAAUACCUCUAACGGUCGGUCGUCCGGAUACGCUAUCGUGCCGAUGUCUGUGGAUUCGGUUCGCUCGCGAGCGCCGAUGGACCGCUCGCGUCCCGCUUAGCGGCUCGACUCAUGUUCGGUGUGACUACAAAUUACUAAUAGUGCUAAAUGUUAAUAUGUCCGCAUCCCGAUGCACUGUCAUAAUGAUUAUUACUAUUUUAUAUACGUUUACAUAGGUCUCUAGUUUACUUUAGGAUUUUUUAAUAUUGUUAAAUUGUUUAAAUAAGUUAAAGUUGUAUGUAUUAUUGAUGCAUGAUCGAUUGUAACGCAUUUCGGAUCACCGAUAAAUGUAUUAAUCGGGCACCCAGCUUUUGGCUGAAUAUGAUUGUACAAAAAUGAUAAGAAAAAAUUAAAAAUGUAAUUUGUUUAGUGUACGCGGGACGUCGCGGCGCGGCCCGCGCCUGGCCUCGCCGUUUCGGCCCGCGCCCGUAGAUCGUUGUACGAAAUUUUCAUUUCAAUUAGAUGCUCGAUUCAGUAAUGUAAUUUCGUCGUACUAUCAUUUUGUAUAGUUACAUAGUGUAAAUAGGCAUUUAUUUAUUAUAAAUUUAUAGCAGUGUGAUUUCUAUACAUAGCUGCGGGAGAGGAACACUAAUUGGGCAAAAUCGGUCAGAGCGAACUGAAAACUAUUCAUGUAUCAUGCAUACAGCUCGGUAAAACUAAAAAGUUAAUUUGGAUUAUAUUGGAGUAGAACAAUGCUAAAAGUAGAUAUAAUAAUUUGUAAGGGAAUAGUCAUUAAUUUGUAUGAUAUUAUUGUAGCAAUUAAUUUUUUCUAUCAUCACUUGUAGAGUGCCGGUGGCGCGGCCAGGCCAGUGCGCGGCGCUCGCGCCCCGCCUCUGUAUAUACCGAUACGCGCGCGACAUUUCGCUACUGCGUGUGUAUGUAUGUACACUAUGGAGAUGUUUGUUAUGUAAAAUGUAUUAACAUUGCAAAAAUUAUAUAUGAUCUUAUAUAAAUUACUAUUAUAGAACACAGUAUGGAAAUAAAAAAGUUGACUCACAUGAAUUGAAUUCUUUAAGUAAACAUAAUGUAAGUGUAGGCGCCCCGCGGUGGCUAGUAGUAAGCGCCGGUCUCGCUCGCCUGUCGUCUCACCUACUGUCCUCCAGAGAUACGUUCCCCUAGUGAUUACUCAGUUGCGCAAAUUUCAUUGGAAAUACACAAGAAAUUUUCACAUUA